CCACUGGCUCCUUUAAACAUGUUGACGCCACAGUCAGUCAGAGAUAGGCCUACCUGGUCGGCCUGCACCGUCCCCUCUGGCGCGCUCCAGGAAAACAGCAUGUUUGCAUUUAAGCGACGACUGCUGCUGUCGCGAGCCGUACUGGGCAUCUGUGCCUUUAAAGACUUGUAAGUGCGUCUCUAUCAGAGCCCGCAGUCAACUUCCCACAACUCCGACGCGCUCGGCGAGUAGAGCUACCUUAACCUUAAAGGCACUGGCUCUCCUUUACAGCUAGACCCAUGGAAUAAUAACUAUGGAAUACCACUGGAUACUGCUUUCUGUCUUUUUACAGUUAACCUUCCAUCCAGGCAACACCAAGCCCACUAUCACCCCCGCCGACCCCCACAUUGUCGUCAUGCUCAACACAGCCUUCGAGCUGCGUUGCCAGGGUGUGAAGGAGAUGCAGUGGCAGCGGGAGGACCGGCCGAAGGUGCGCGGGGAGAAAAAGGUCGAUGGGAUGUCCACACUGCACAUCCCCAGGGCUCUGCCUGUUCACAUGGGCCGCUACAUCUGCUUGGAGGAGAGCUCCAAGGAGAAAACCUCCAUUUAUGUCUAUGUGAAAGAUCCUGACAAUCCUUUCAGAAAAUCAAUGGUGUUCAACAUUCUCACUCGCGAGGGAGACACUGCUUCCAUCCCCUGCCUGGCAACUGAUCCAAGUCUGGACAACCUGCGCCUGGAAACAUGUUCCAGUAGAGCUCUGGCCUCUGAUCUCCAGUUCUCUGCGAGCCUGGAGCAAGGCAUCAUCAUCCACAACACACAAAAGGCCUACGAAGGUUGCUAUGUGUGCACAGGAAGACUCAAGGAAGAGUACGUCAGAUCACAUGACUACUACCUGACAGUAAGACCAGUCCCCGUUGUUCCUCCUGUGAUUGAGAUGCAGGCCCCCAAAAGAGUGAUUCUUACCCGGGAUGAGAGCCUCUCCCUCACCUGCAACACCACUAACGUCAAUGGAGAAAUACAGCUAAAGUGGGUCACUCCACCUGGCUCGGGUGCCGUCUGGUAUCCACAGCAACCAGCAAAGGUUGACGGUGCUUCACGUAUCCUGACGGAGCACUUCACUCACGUGCGCAGCGCCACCUUGCACAUCACGGCGGUUAGACCUCAAGAUGCUGGGAGGUACCGAUGUGAAGCUGAGAAUGAAAAAGGGGUCAGCUCGCAGUCAGUGUGGCUCGAUGUUUAUGAAAAAGGAUUCAUCAACUUAACACCCGCAAACAACAGAACUAUCCAGGUCCGCUCAGGUGAGAGUUUGUCCCUAAAUAUUGACAUGGAGGCUUAUCCAAAGCCACACACCUUCUCCUGGAGCUUCAUGGGCCUCGAGCUGAGGAACACAACCGACCAUGUCAUCACCACACACAGCCAUGAAUACAGGUACAGCAGUGAGCUGAGGCUGGUGCGACUGAAAAUGUCAGAGGGUGGAGUUUACACCUUUCAAGCCUCCAACGGCGACGCAUCAGUGAACCACACAUUCACCAUCUUUGUGAUCAGUAAACCUGAGAUUGUAUCUCAUGAGGGCCCAGUGGACGGACAGGUACGCUGUGUGGCAGAGGGGUUCCCUGCCCCGCGGAUCACCUGGUACUACUGUGAACAGCCCUAUGCCAGGUGCUCCCAACAGGUGAAUGCCACCCAGGAGGAGCACAAUGUCAUCACUGUCACACUGUUCAGCCCCAUGUUUGGGAAGACGGAGGUGGAGAGUCGGAUGAACAUCAGCCGGGGACGGUUCAGUACUCUGGAAUGUGUGGCUACGGUAGAGGGAGAGCAGGCCUACACACUCUUUUCUAUCAGUGAGAGAACUGUUCCCCAUGAUCUGUUCACCCCUCUGCUAAUUGGCUCUGUAUCAGCAGCAGGCAUCCUCUGUCUCGUCCUUAUCAUGCUGUUCUACAAGUACAUGCAGAAACCCAAGUACCAGAUUCAGUGGAAAGUUAUCGAGGGCAUCCAUGGAAACAACUACGUGUACAUUGACCCCACCCAGCUAUCGUACGAUCACCAGUGGGAGUUUCCUCGGAACAACUUGCGUUUUGGGAAGACGCUGGGAUCUGGUGCAUUUGGAAAAGUGGUGGAAGCCACCGCAUAUGGACUGUCCAAAGCAGAUUCAGUCAUGACGGUGGCUGUGAAAAUGCUCAAAACAAGCGCUCACUCCACAGAGAAAGAGGCACUGAUGUCAGAGCUGAAAGUCCUCAGUUACUUGGGAAACCACAUGAAUAUUGUCAACCUGCUGGGAGCCUGCACUGUUGGAGGCCCUACACUGGUGAUCACAGAGUACUGUUGCUUUGGAGACCUUCUUAACUUUCUACGCAGAAAGAGGGAAUCCUUCAUCUGCUUUAAGCUUGAGGAAGACUGCUACUACCGCAACGUCAUGCCGCAGAGAGAUGCAGCUGGUGACAGCUUGAAUGGCUACAUGACCAUGAGGCCUUCUGCUGCUGGCAACCUGCCGUUCAGCUCAUCCUCCGAGAAGAGACGCUCACUACGCAAAGGUGGCUCCUACGUUGAAGCAGAUGCCGAGAGUGAGAUGUUUGACGAGGACGGUCUGUCUCUAGACACCGAAGACCUUCUCAGCUUCUCAUACCAAGUGGCCAAAGGCAUGGAGUUCUUAGCCUCAAAAAAUUGUAUCCACAGAGACCUGGCUGCCAGGAAUAUUCUACUGACUCAAGGAAGAGUGGCAAAGAUCUGUGAUUUUGGCCUGGCCCGAGACAUCACCACAGACUCCAACUAUGUAGUCAAAGGCAACGCUCGUCUGCCAGUGAAAUGGAUGUCUCCAGAAAGUAUCUUUGAGUGCGUGUACACGUUUGAGAGUGACGUGUGGUCCUAUGGCAUCUUGCUUUGGGAAAUCUUCUCACUGGGAAACAGUCCUUAUCCUGGUAUGCCUGUGGAUGCCAAGUUCUACAAACUGAUAAAAGAAGGAUACAAAAUGGAUGCUCCAGAGUUUGCACCCAGUGAAAUGUAUCAGAUUAUGAGAUCCUGCUGGGAUGCUGACCCCUUCAACAGACCCCCCUUCAGGAAGGUCGUGGAGAGAAUUGAACAACAGCUGUCAGACGCCACUAAGCAUAUUUAUCUGAACUUCAGCUCUAAGAUUCCUGUGACGCCCAGAGACAGGGAGGAGCACAGUUCUCAGAGCGCUGCGUUUAACCGUCUCAACUCAGCUGGCAGUAACAGCACUCCAACCCAGCCCUUACUGGUCCAGCACGAGGUCUUCCUGGAGGGUACAACCCUCAGAGCCCAACGGGUGUAAGGACCCACCCAACCUGUCUGGCUGCCUCAUAAAGUGCCUCUAAUGUUCCGCCACAAACCACCCAACCACUACAUCUGUCCACCACCCGGCACCAGCAGCUUUUGUUGUCACUUGUUGCAGAUAGAAUGGUAAUUGCCAUCUAUUACCAGAAAGAACAACAAAGGACAAAUGGCUUUUAUCAUUGUUAUCACUAUUAUUGCCUACUGAUUACAGGGAGGACAGUUGGACUAAUGCUCCCCUGCUCAUAGCAAAGACAUGUUCAGGAGGGUGGAGGGACAUCAAUCGUUACUCUAAAACUGUCAUUAAGUACAUUAUUACACUGUUAUCUGUUUUGUUAUUUUCCAUUUUUUCGGUAACAUUUUUCCUACACAUUUCAUAAAGGUCAUUUUGUUGUUUUUUUGGCACUCCAUAUAUAACGGUUUCUUUCUAUCUAUUGGAGAUUCUUGUUUCUUUUUGCAUUUUGUGUAUUGUUAUUCUUUGUUGUUUUUCUGUCAUGGAUAUUUAUGUAGCGUUUUGAAUUUGGUUGGCUGUUGCAAUGGUUGGAGGGAAAAAAAAGCACUCGAGGCACUUGAACUUCACAUUACAUUACACACACACACACCACGUAAUGCAGCUUUCAUUUCUUUUUUUUAAACUCUUUUAUUGUCAGUAUUAUUUCCAACUGUUCAGAUCUAUGUUUAUAUGAAGGAGAUACUUUUCGGGGGCCAAUUUAAAUAUAGAUAUAAAGACACUGGUAUAUAAGCUAUUAGACAGCAUGGUCGGUCAUGCUUAGAGUCCAUAAGUGCUUCAAAUCGAUUAGGAAAUACAUUUCUGCUCUUUUUAUGUUGGAUGUCACUACCUAGAGAGCAACUAACUGUCUUUACUAGAUCUGUUAACACAUUACAGAUCAGCCCAUGAUUACUUUACACACACAGUUGUCUUCAGAGAUAUGGUAUAGACAUGGUACGCAAGCUUUUCAUUUAUGUGCUUGUUGACUGUAUAUGUGUACAUAUCUGUAGGUAAUGAUAUUAGUCAUUGCUAUACAAUGAGAUGGGAAGCAUCAGAGUUAAAAAUAUACCAAAGGAGACACUCUGAGAAGCCUGUAACCCUUAGCAUUCAUCUUAGCUUUGUUUCACAAUGCAGGUGUAUAGUUUCUUUUUUUUGACAGCUGGAUUACUGGAGAGUUCUCUUGUAAAGGUGUAAAUAACUGUUCAGGUUUAUAUGGUUGCUCUCCUGCCACAUCCAGUGUAUGAUCUUUGUUUACAAGCAUAAGACAGGUACUGCCAUUUCUGAGAUGUGUUUUCUCUGCUUUUCACCUUCUUCCCCUUCAUGAAGGACCAGGAAACGGGACCUUUUCUGUUUUGGCUGACAGGCAGUUAGUGUGUUUUUGCCCAUGCUACCACUGUAGUUCUCUAUUGUACAGUAUAUAUCAUGGACAGAGUCAGGGCUGCUCAGAUGCUCAUGAAAUGCUAUUAAGUGGACUGCAGCAUUCACUGCAGCAGUGACAAGCAAGAGGGAAGCAGAGGGUCUUCAAGGCUCUCUGUGCAGAUGUCAACACUGGGUACAGAGCUCAGUCUCAGUGUGUUGGUCUUCUCAUUGUUCUCCGACCUGUAGCUGGUUUCCCAGCAGUCCUUCUCUUCUUUGUAUCCAGCUGUUUCCUCCAUCAGAAGUGGGACUUUCAGCACCUCUCAGCCAGUAGUCUGUGUCAGUCCAGACCAUUAUGAUUCCCCUCUUCCCACUGGUGGAUGUUGUUGUGAAAAGCACCAGGAAAGUGUCCUGUUUGUGUGUAUGAACAUGUGUGAGUGUGUGUGUGUGUGUGUGUGUGUGUGUGUGUGUGUGUGUGUGUAUGAGUGUGUGAGCAUGCACGUCUACUUGUCUUUAUGUGCAUGGCUGUAUGAGUGCUGAAUUAAAAGAAUUACUGUCAAGAGGUGCCACUACUAAAGAUUCAUCAUGUCAUUUAGGCUACUAAAACCCCACAGUCUUACUGCUCUGUCUUUUUGAAAAUAUAUAAAUGUCCGUAUAUUGUAAUGUUGAUGCUUUUGAAGAUGUUUAUCUUAAUGAAGAUGUGGUACAUUGAUGCAGAAUUGUAUUAUGCUGUAUUUUCUUACGUGUGCACAGAUUUCCAACUGUAGAUUCAACUGGAAAAGCUGCUUGUGUCUCUGUCACCAUGGUAACUUAAACUGACAAGAUUCACUUUGGCUAAUGUUUUAAUUUUGGCUAAUUCAUCAUUUCAACCACUUAUGCAAGUUCACUUGGUAAUUGCCUCAGCAAAACAGGCUAAACUGCUCCUAAUGAUCAUAUCUGAUCAUCACUAUUUAUGGAAAUAUCAAUUAAAAUGAUAUUACUGGAUUUUACAACCAGGAAGGAGAUCAAAAUAAUAGAUUUUUUCCCAUUUAAUUGCUCCCCAUCUAAGAUUUUCCUGCAUUUUGCUACAUAUUUAUUAAAUCUGAGGCUUUAUUGUUACUGUGUAAAUUUGAUGUGUUGCUAAUACAUAUGUCAAUGUAAAUAAAUUGUGUAUAUUGAAUUCCCAA